UUGAGAAUUUAACAUUUAAUGUUCCUUGGGGUGUUUCGGUUUACGAAAUCCUGGAUGCUAAUCAACAUUUUAAACUAAAAGGGAUAAAAUUAGACGUGUCGAUAAGACAUUGCCUCCCGUCCAGGUUUUCAUGAUGGCUUAUAAACUGACCGGCCGUCAAAAUUCCCACGCUCCCAAAACCAAAAUGUGCUUUUUACCCCCACAUUGCACUUUCUUUAAUAGCCUGACUGGCAAACACAGUUACCUGUCAAUAAUAGCGAAGGUGACACGUAUUGUACCCAAAAGAUGCCAACACCAGGCAGCCAUAGCCCUUUGCAUAUUAACCUUGCUUGUUUUGUGGUAUACCUGCGUUGGCCUAUACAUGUCGCCCUAUAUCCGAUGGCGGUUUUGUUUUCUCCUUUCUUCCAGUCUGACGGCAGGUUGUUUAGUUCUUUUAAGAGCCUAAUUUGUUAUUCUUUUGACUAUUUUAAUCAAAGUCCGGCAAUGGUUUUGAAAGAAUAAUUAAAAAGAAAAGAGGACAGAGUCUCCAAUCUCGAACAAUGCAAACGAAAAAGGUAAUUGAAAUUUAACAAAAAGGCCCAAAGACAAUUGCCAAUUACCUGUAGCAGAAUAAUCAAGCUCGCUUCCAUCAACGGUUUCCAUUAAUAAAUGAAACUCUCUGGGAGUUAGUUAUUUUGUCCAGGUCAGAAUACACUCGAGGAUAUGAUGGAAUCAUUAACAGGGGGUAAAGAUCGUUAAUAAGGUGUUCUGACUUGAAUCGCAAAUAGUAAUAUGUUCUCAGGACGUGCCUGUCUUCGUGGUCUUCACGGCGCCUCAGCUCAAUUUAAAAUUGUCGGGUCUCACGACCUAGAAUAUUAGUAAGCCGACUGAAUAAAUCUAUCAGUCGUUGCUUCGAUUUUUUAUGAAAAAGAGGGAAGGGGAAAAAAGUAAAUUUGGAAGUGCGGGCAGUUGAUUACAUAGUUGAAUUAUCAGCUACAUGUACCUUGGCAAUUUAGAAGCAAUUUAGAUGUUUGGGAAAUAUUCAUUUCACUACAGGAAAAAGGUGAAGCAUUCCGGCCUCAGUUCUGUCACCGAGUUGCUGUGAGCUGAUGCUGCUGGUCAAAUCGAUCUUCAUCGGAAUUGAAGGGAAAGAAGCUGUACCAACAAUUGUAAGGACGUUUUCAUGAGAACGGAGACAUGGUUGCUUCAAUCUAUGUGGCUUUUGCUGCGGUCGCCGCUGUUAUUUGUGUUACAAGCGUGGUGUUAAACAGCCUUAUUUGUUUGGUGUUUUUGAGAAACAAAAAGCUUCUAAAAGCUCCGGAUAUUUUUAUAGUGAGCGUGGCACUCAGUGACCUACUCUACUCAGUCGCCACGUUGCCACUCCUGUUUGUUGCCAACGUCUAUGGAGGAUGGAUUUUCGGACCUCAGGGCUGUAAGGCGACAGCUUUUAUCACUACUUGGAGCGGUCUGAGUUCAUUAAUGAACUUGUCUCUUGCUGGGUACGAAAGAUAUGUUGCGUUGGUGUUCCUAUAUAAAAGUCAGUGAACUUUCACAAGGCGGAAAGCAGCUCGCGGUUCAGUCGCCAUGUGGUUGUAUGCUUUGUUUUGGAGUGUGAUGCCGUUGUGUGGCUGGUCAGGUUUUGAGUUAGAAGGAAUUGGUACGAGCUGUUCUUUGAGGUGGAAGUCACGUAACAGACUGGAUUUGUCGUACCACAUUUGUUUGAUACUAGCAUGUUACGUGUUGCCAGUGAGUGUUAUGAUCGCAUCUUACUACAAAUCUUGCUGCGAGAUUAGGAAAGGAGCCAGGCGAGCAAAGACAACUUGGGGAAAGAAAUCACCAUUUACGAGAAAGGCCCUCGCGGUGGAACGCAAGAUGGUAGUGCUGUUUGGAGUGAUGACCGUGGCAUUUCUUGUGGCCUGGACACCAUAUGCUGUUGUAUCACUGAUAUCAAUGAUCGCCGGUCCAGACGUAAUCAGUGAUGUCGCAUCAUCCGUCCCAGCGUACUUUGCCAAAUCUUCAGCUUGUUACAACCCUAUUGUUUAUGUGUUUCUGUACAAGAGAUUGCGGCAGCGUAUUUUCUUUACCGUGGUGCGGAGAAGAGAUUCGCUUAGUAGUAGUUCUCGCAGACCUUCAAACGACUCGGGUGGUACCGGUGAAUCGCAUUAUCUGAAACUGUUAUCUUUUAAAAAGUUUGAUCAUACGGCAGUUUAAAAGUUCAACAAGUGAUACGCUAAAGCAAUCGGUGAAAAUUUAAUUUCUUCAAAAUGUACAUUUGAUAGGUUCUUAUGAACGUAGUUUAAGAAAUGUAAUAUCUAGUUCACAGCAAAGUCUAAUGUUAUGUAAAUGUAAUUUAAUGUCAUGUGAUGUAAGUGACUAUUUUACAGCACCUCGAAUACUAUAGUAUAUGUUUUGUAAGAAGAAUUUUUCGUUAUUUAAAAAGAUGGGUAUAAUGGUACUGAAGAAUUUCCCAAAAUCCAACUAUCAUACGGUAAUUCAUUUAUUACAUGACCGAGAAAAUUUUGAACGCUCCUACAUCAAUUUGCCCUGAAUUGCUAUGGAUAAAUUUCCCCCUCUCAGCCAAUCACAAUUAAGUCUUCAGUUGCAAGUAAUCGUAUUGCAAAUUGUGUAAAAACUGAAAAAGGCAAUCAUAAUUGCACGUGGUGUAAGUAUAAAUAAAUUGUAAGUGGUGUAAAUAAUCAUAGCACUGUAAGUAGUAUUUUGUGUCGCAACCGAUCUCAGCGGCAGAACAUUCAGAGAACUGAAAUACUCAAAACUUUUUUUUUUCAAUUGUCUAAUAUUUCGGUUUGAAAACACACCCUGUAGAAGUGAGUGUCUGACAUAUCAUUAUUAGAUUUGCCCUACGAAGCUGAAUUUUCUCUAAUUAUACGACCCGGCGUCCUUUCUGACAUGUUAUCUCAUGUGUUAUCUUGACUAGCAUUGCUAGCGUAACACCGUGGCGAAUUAUUCUUUAGUACAUUGAAUGUAAUGAAUGAGAUCGAGAGAUUUCGGACACAGUUAAUUUCAACUGUUUAUCUACAAUGCUUCGUGUAGAUGGAUAAAGUUUAAUCGAAUUAUAGAUAAUUACUGAAAAGGAUUGAAAUGAAUAACCCUUGACCCUGGGCCUAUUACUGACUCUUUAUGAGCGCCAUGGUUCGAGCUCUGGUUUAUUUAAUAGGACGCCAGCUCCAGUCUAAAUUCUUACUCGUUCUCACAAGCGGCAAUUCACAAAGUCUGCAUUGUUUUAGUCAACAAUAUAAUAAGAGUUUGAGACUCCUUUAUCAUAACUGCACUUCAGAAACUUCACACACUGAGAAAUACAAUAUACACUGAUGGUUUCUCAAGAUUUCCCUUGGAAGGUUGGCAAUGUUAAUUAAAAUUAAAGAAGGGCUGUAGGUUGCUGAUAUGUCUUAUUGGAUGAAGAAUUGCACUCGUGGUAGCCGUCAUACACCAAGGUUACUUCCAAGAUGUCUUAGGUUCAACAUGUAUACUCUAUAUUUAACUUUACGCUAGUAAGAGACCAACUUCUAUUGUCUCAGUGUGUGGUCUCUUACUAAAGCCCGGCCACCAUCUUUCGUAUUCUACUAGCUCUAGUUACGAUUUUUUUUAUGCUUCCUGGAAUAGAUGAUCGCUUAGGAGAGCUUUGAGCCUCGACUUACAUGAAAACCCCACGCACAGCGUCUGCGCGCAGAGACUGACAUAAGCUGAAUAGUCACUUGUUAGGAGGCUCAUUUAUUUCGUGCAUGUUUGAGGGGUGCAGUGAUGGGGAGAUGGCUUUGAAGGGGAAUCGAAGGAGGACUUCGGAUGGCUUACUUAAUAUACAACAAAACGAUAACGUACCAGUGAUAAUUAGCCCCAAGCUUGGGAAUAGUGUCUGUGGAUUUGUACCGGAUAAAUUUGGACGGUUAAAACGCACAAGUAACACAGUCUGCCUUUUAUAGUUUUGGUUGUGAAGGAUAAGGUGCUGGAAUGCUAGACAUUCUUCGCCAUGUUUUAAACCAAAAAUAAAUCGGGCAAUAUCGUUUGGUUUCGGUUUAUCUUAUUUUCUUGAACAUGGGGAAUGUUCGCUGCCUUGCAGGAUCAAGUUAAAUAUAAAAUUCACUUAUAGGGCUGACAAUUUCUGUUUGUUUAACUCCAGGUCAGUAAGGAGCAAAAGUGUGCUUAAGUGUUUCACCUCUCCAGAUGGACGAAUCGUGUUUCUCGUCGACACUCGCACAUGAUCAGUUCGGAAAACGAAUUAUUUCUUCGGAGGAGAUGUCGUCGCGCUUCGGGCGAUGAUUAUCUCACCCUGUUACAUGGACAAAGCUUGCGACGCAAAGGGCGCUUUGUACAGACGAGUGAGACACCCGUUUGGCGUUUUAACCUUUAACCGUUUGCUUCUAAUCGUGGUAAGUCUUCAGUGAAUCAACACUUUGUUCAUUCUGGUUGUAAUUAACUGUUUAUUUCCAAAAUAGGGAAGUCAUCAUCUCUAUACAUUGUUUAUUUUUGAUGACACGUCGAUAUCCCAUGGGUGAAAUAGAUCAGGUCCAGACUUCAAUAAACCCUUUAUUGGCAUAUAUAGUAAGGUAAGAACGCAAACUUGAUCGGGGAUAAAGUGAAAUAGCUCUUUUUUUGUCAGUACAUCACUAUUUCGUACUCAUUUUCAAUACGGUUUUGAUAUCCACUUUUGCUCGAUAAGAAUGCGUUCAAAUCACGUCAUCUCAAAGGCCUCGACGAAGGCCUGUCCAUUUGUGAAUUUUUGUCACAAGGAUUACACAAGCAACAACGAGCUCUAAAAGCUGCUGUAAAACGCCACUCCUCACUCUUUACGUUGCCUAUCUUUUCCUUGAGAUUUUUCUGGAAUAUAUGCUCUGUAAUGGGUUUGGAAGCCAUUUAGCACUCCUAAAAAAACACAAAGUCAAAAUAUUCUUCACGGCCUUGUCGACACUGCGCCACUUGACCGGAUUAGGUUUACAGGCCUGUCAUUACUUGCAAUUUUGAAAUAUUUAUAGCUACUGGCGAAAUUAAUGGAUACAUCAGCUAACAGCCUGUGACUUCACACCGCCGAAAAACAAUUAUUUUUUCUCCUGGCGUGAAGAAACAUGAGGACAACCCUGUAGCUUUGUAGGACGUAGGACUUCCCAGCAAAGGAGCUCAUAUGGAAUUGCAUGUUUGCAUCCUAUAGUAUUUACGUUGACAUAAGUAUCAAUUAACCUGUUCAAUUGUCCUUUGCUAUGAACAAAAUGUUAUUUCCUAUUUCACUUUUAAAAUCUGAAAUUCAAAUACUUCUAGAAAUGAGUGGUUGCAAACACCAAUCACGAAUGUCGCUUAUUGUAUACAGUGAAGACGUAAUAACGGGAUAAUUCCUAAUGGUGGGUAAGUCAGUAUCGGCAAACGGAAACCAUCGAUUGAAUGUUUAGUUUCCGAUGACGAAAACUUAAUCAAGACUGCCAAAGUACGCCUAAAAGAAACAAC